GGAAUCGGAUGCAUCGAUCAAAGGUUGCAGCAGAAGCCUUCGCAUUGACACAUAUCUCCGCUCUGCGUGAAAGGUCUCGAUAGACAUAAGAGCCGGACCCUCCGCAGUCCAAAGUUGACUUGUACUGGACACAGUGGUCAACACGUCCGCCACACACACAUACACCAUAGCCUGCCUCUGACGCAAUCCAGUGCGUAGAGGAACAACGUCGUCGACAACAAUGGUCGACGAACAGCUGCUAUUGGACAGGAUCAAGAAUCAGAUCCUUUCCCCUGCUCCUCAAGCCUACUGCCAUGACCCGGGACUCAUGCCUUAUGAUAUCUACAAAGCUGCUGGUGGUCUGAAAGGCUCAUUGGGUCGUCUGGAUCGACCCGAACGGAUCGCCAUCAUUGGAUCUGGGGUGACUGGUCUCACCAUCGCAGCGUUAUGUACGCAGAUCGGAGCCGGUCAGAUCGACCUUUUUGAAGCCAAGUCCAAGGUUGGCGGCAGACUUGAUUGUGCGAUUGAAGAGGGUGGCCAGGUUUGGUACCCUAACGGAGCGAUGAGAAUAGGCCCUUCAUCCGCUUUGACACUAGGCACGAUGAGAGAGUUUGCCUGUGGAAUGAGACCCAAUUUCCCAGACCCGGGCAAGUUUAUGACUGGAUGCGAUCACAAGGGACGAGUGUACGACUGGAUGCCAGGAGAGCCGGUGCCAGAGGUCUAUGCCAAGGUGAAUGCGGCAUUUGAGGCAUAUGUCAAUGAGGACGUGAUGAAGGAUGGACAAGUGGUGUUCACGGCCCCGAACAAUAUAAGGAGAUUGCUAUGUUCCUCCAAGCUCGACGAAAGGCUCAAAGCCGUACCGAUGAUCCAGAGAUUUGUCGACGAAUUCGCCAACAAGGAUUUCUACGAAGUGCUCAAGAUUAUCUUUUCGGAACGAGGUGGCUUUGCCUCACCGGGAGGCUUAUCUUUGAGCGCGGAGGAUAUUAGGAUGAUGGCGAGCGCGGGUAUCGGUACUGGACCGUUUGAUGCGAUCUUCCAGAAAUCUGGACUUCUGCUCAGUAGUAUCCUGACGAAUGGACACGAGGAUCAACAAGGAUCAUUCGUCGUCCUCAAAGGCAGUCGCGCCAUCGACGCUCCCAUCUCAAUCUUUGGCGAUCGGCUCGCGGCGUACGUCGAAGACUGUGGGGUCGAUCUAUACACCAGUACAGUCGUCCAUACGAUGGAGCGAGUAGAAAGCAGCAAAGAUCAACACAAGUUGUUCUGGCGUCGAGCCGAUGGAUCCGAACAUUCAGGCGUCUACGAUACAGUCUUUGUGUGCACACCGUGUCACACCAUGCUCAAUUACAUCGAGGGAUUACCGGAUCUUUUGGGCCCGCAAACGGUGGCUGAUCUCAGUCGAGUCAGACCCAUCGCCAGUACAAAGGUCUUUGCGACGAUCAAGAAUCUCUUUCACGAGUUUCCAAACUUUUACUAUUGUGUCACGUCGGAUGAAGAAUUUCAACAAAUGUACCUCAUGGAAACGGCGGACCCUGAUCGACUCGCCGUGCUCUUGAGCUAUUCAUGGGGUGGCGAUGCGCUCCGAUUAGACUCUCACGGAGAUGAUGAACAACUUGGAUCUGCCGUCUUGGCUCAAGUGAGACGUGUCAUUGGUCGAUCAACCUAUCCUGGAGCCGCCAAGUAUUUUGAAGAUGAUCAAGUUCAGAACCUCAAAGUCAAACGCUGGCACCCUGAACACGACAUUGAGGGCGCCUUUGGUCUCGAGAGGCCUGGAGAUGGAGCUUCAAGACACCGAUUGGUACAUCAUCCAUUGAACGUCACCAACAACCUCUACAUUGCCGGUGCAGAUUUGAGUCACGAUGCUGGAUGGGUCGAGCCUGCCAUCAUCAGCGGCUACAUGGCUGUCAUUUCAAAGUUGAGACAGGGUGGAAAGGUCAAGGAGGAGGUCGACAGAGUGGCAGUAUUCGAUCAGAACCUCAUCAAUUUCAGGGAGUAGAUCAACGUCAGAGUGGAAGUUCGGCAUCGCACAUCUUGUAUAUAUAGCCAAGCAUAGAGAGAGAGAUGAUUUUCACACAUAGAUCAUGAACAUUUGCAUCGGGUACUUGGG